GUAAAGUAGCUAAAAUUCCACCUUAACUGUUAAACAGAAACAAAUUUUGUUCUUGACUUUUUCAUGACAUUUGAAUCAAACAUUCAAAAAUGUUUCAAGAACCUGACAUCAGAGAAAAUCUAUCACGGAAGUUAUCAGAGGUUUUGCAUGACAUUGGUGUCAAUGAAAUAAUGGUGAUGAAAACGAGAAAAAAUUCCAUGCUGAGAGAGACUAUGAGAAAUAUCAUUCACAGGUUAACUGAUCUAAAUAUAACUGAAUAUUUCCUAGGGAGUCAGAGUGAAGGUACAACUACUAUAGGACUUAAUUCAGACUUUGAUAUACUAGGCUAUCAUCAUGAUUUCAAUGUAAUACAAGACUGGUCAGAGUGGGCACGUGACAAGUUCAACUUGCUCAUGAUACAGGAUGAGAACACUACCCCCGGCUAUUGUUUCUUACAAUUGCUCCGACAUGAUGAACCUCUUCCUCUCACUGUUAUUCCCGGUGAAUACAAUAUAACUGAUCGAAGUGGAAGAGUAUUGCUUAAAAAUACAAUAAUAAAUGGUUUGAUUCAGGGUGCCGUAGGUCAUGGACCAGCACUUAAUGAACAAGAAGAACCUGGAUUACCUGAUACAGACAAUGUGAUAGCUUGUUCUUGUAAAUCCUGGCCUCAAUCAGCAUUAGGUUGGUUAGAGAGACAAGGUAUUGGCAGAUGGCCAACUGAAGAGAUGAGAAGAUAUGCAGCCAGUACUGGCUGUUUUGUUGUUGCAACUGGAAGUAAGAUUAGUAAAUAUCCUGAAUUGGAAUGGAGAAUAUCUACAUCAUUGGCAGAGAGGUGUCUAGUGCUAAAUUUAAAUAUAACACAAAUAAGGUGCUAUGUGUUAUUGAAAAUGAUUCUAAAAAAAUUCCUUAAUCAUCGUGGUAAAAUUAAUAUAUCGAGUUUCAUGUGUAAAACAGUUCUAUUACAUUGUAUAGAAAACACAGAGCCAAGUAUAUGGGAAGAGAACAAAUUAUUUACAUGUUUAACAUACUGCUUAUUGGAAUUACACACCUGUGUACAGAAUGGCUAUUGUUCACAUUUCAUUAUUCAAGAAAACAAUUUGAUGGCAGGCGAAUUUACAGCUGAGACAAAACGUGAACUUUUAAGACAUAUAAGUGAAUUCAUACAAAAUGAUAGACACAUUUUACUUAGAAUUGAUAUUGAUAAUCUUGGUCAUAGACUACAAGUAAAAUUGAACAUGUUACCAUAUGCAGCAUACUUCAUGUAUUCUCUAAUUUCUCUUGAAAUAUACAAAAAUUUGUUAACAUCAGAAUAUUUAAACAUUGCAUACGCCUUCAGUCAAAAUCAUCGACACAUUUUAAAACAUUUACACAAUAAGAACAUUGGGACAAUAAAGAAAUCUUUAUGUAAACUUAUAACUUUCUGUGAUAAUGGUAAUAGAUUAGAUCAGGCAGCAUGCAGGUUCAUGACACCUUUAAUUUUUACCACAUAUGGAUCUGUCUUAGCAUCAUCUAGCAUUCAUGAAAAUAAUCAAGUGUCACCUGAAGCAUUGGUUUGGUUAUCAGCUGGUUUAAACUCAGAUAUCUCGUCUAGCAGACUCAAAUUGGCUUCAGUGUUCUACAGUACAGGAGAUAUGAAGAAAGCUGAACUAAUUCUUAGACACGCACAUCAACAAUAUUACUCUUAUCCUGUUGUACCAAUCUGUACAUGCUGGAAUAAGCUUCCACUAGCAGUAACAGCAGAAUUCAAGAAGGUAUCUAGUGAGCAAAGUGAGGACUGUAUCAAACAUAUUACAGCAUUCUGUGUCAGAUUCAUACAGAAAGAGAUCAACUGUAUUCCUCAUGAACUACAAUAUGAAAUGUUCAGAUCUACACAAGAUGACAUGAUUCGCAGAAAUGAGAAUAAAGACUGUUGGAUGGACUGGGCGGUAGUUGAUUCUCUACCUUUUUUAUACUUCCUACAAUAUAAGAUCUACAGUCAUUUUCAAAGGCAUCAAGAUCAACAACAAGCCCUAAAUAAACUGAUAAGAACCAUAGUAGCAGAUAAAAACCUUGCACAUAGAGAAACAGCCUUAAACAUUUUAGGACAAUGUAUGGAACAAGAAAACAGACCUCAACAGGCUUUAAAAUGCUACAUGCUUUCUCUACAACAAAGACAAAGGAACAAUGUAGCAAACCUCCAUAUUUGUAAGCUCCUUUCUGGGGUUUUGAAUGGCCAAUAAAAAUAUGGUCAAAAACAGACUUGAAUUUCAAUAAUCAUAAACUGUUUGUGUGUAUCAAACUAUUCAAAAGUUAAAGUAUAUGUUUUUUCAUUCUUUUUUCUACAUUUAAUUCUUAGACAACAUUAAGGACGUUUUUUGGGAGUUUUCAUAUAACACAGGCAAAAAUCACAAAACUGUUUAAUAGAAUUUCUUAAACUUUGCUUGUUGUUAGAAUAUGAUAACAGAAAGAUUUUAAGUGUCAGCAAUUUGGAGGUCACCUUUUUCGUUUUUGAGCUAUCUGCCCCAUUCAAGGGUAGAGAAAUCAUAAUGAAAUUAAACACUACUUUAUUAUUUCUUAUUUUCAUGUACCUUAAUUUGGUUUAAGUCAUUGUGCAUCUUUUUAAGUAUCAGUUAAGAGCGGAUUGUUUCGUCCUUAUCGUCUCUAAACCUAUGCCUUUAUCCUUAAAAGACGGCCUAUUUCAAAAGUACCUUAACUCACUGAUUUAUAUAAAUAUGUGCUUCACUUUACUUAAACGUUUAGUUUCAGUUUAUUAAUUUGCAUGUUCUUAUGUGAUCAUCAAUUAUAAGGAAAGCGUAAUCCAAAAAAUAUAUGAAAGCCUGAAAUGACCUUAAAUACGUAAAUAAUUCUGAUUCAAUAGUAGAUGACUAAAAUUUAAAUUGUUGACACCCAACGUAUUUUGCUUAUAAAAUUUCUGUUUAUUGUUUUCUAAUACAACGCCGGGCUUAAAGAAAUUCUAUUUCAAGAACAGUUUUGAUUUUGCCUCUGUCUAUAUUAAAACUUCAAAAAAACGUCCAUUAACUGAAAACAUCCUACUGUAUUUUUUUUAACUCAAGAACCUCUUCUAAAGAGAACCAUUGCUCUAACUUGGGAAUAACUUUUAAUUUGGUUAACAAGAUUAUGUUUAUCAAAGAAUUUAUUAUUAUUAUAUAUAUAUGUGUGAAGUCAAACUGCAUUCAAUAAAUCUGUCACUUGUAUAUUACAUUUAUCAGUCUUGAUCUGUCAAUAUGAAGUCAACAAGCAAGUAUUCUGUAAGAAUCAUGACCCGGAAAAAUAUAUUUAUUUAAGUUUGUGAACCAGUCAGUUUGCCAUUGUUCUGUUUUCAAAAAAUGAAUUUAACAACAGCCUAUCGGAUAAAACAAGGUGGUUUUAUAGUUAGUUAUUAAUGUGGGCAUUGACCUGAUUUUUAUGCGAAUUCCUUAAAAGAGUUUACAUUUUCAUUGUAAUAACAGAUGAGGGCAUUAGAGUUUAUUGUUUAAAGUGUUUGUUUUUUAAAUAAAGCAGAUUUGUUGAUCAAUGGAUUUAGCUUCUUUAAGCAUGUUAAUGCUUUUACCAGAAAUCACCAAUAAAUUAACAUUUAACUAUUGUCCCACCAAUUCAGUUCUCUUCUAAUUUCUCACAAAAGUCUUAACGAAAUUUGUGAUUGACAUGUUUUCUAUGCCAUACACGGCCAAUAAUCCAUUUCUAAUUCUGUAAUUCAAUGACGACUAUUUGUAUUAUAUUUUGAACUUCAAUGCCAAAAAUUCUAAAAUAAGUUUUUUUUGUGAUAAGUUAGAUAUUGAAUGUUUAUGAUUUGAAUGAAAUAAAGUUUAUGAAUGGUUUAUAAAAAUGAAUUACAAGGCCAAUAAAUCAUGCGAUAUGUCAGUUUAUAGUUUGAAUGACGAUAGUUCAUGAAUGGUUUAAAUGAAUUACAGGGCGAUAGGUCAGUUAUUAAAUGUUUACGAUUUGAAAUAUCAUGAUGAAACAAUUUUACUUGUAUAGUAUCCAAAGUUAAUACAUCUAAAAUACAUUUGAGAGUUUGUCAGGAUGAAUGUAAUGUAAUUGAAUAAAAUGUUUAGAAAAAAUGAUGUAUUAUCUAGAAAAGCCUAAAAAUAAUUUGCGAUGAAUAGAUAUUUUGAAAAAGUAUGAGUGCAUGUCUGCUGGUAGGACGAACCCACCUACCUGUGUUUCAAUUGAAGAGAAUAAACGAACGUAGUCCAUUUUACAUUUCUUGAUGUUGAUCCUACUUACAUUUAUAUAUAAACACAAACAUUGAUAUUUUCAGAAGCUAAAUGAUGGAUGUGAUUUGCCUUAAAA